UGGUAGAUUAUUGAAGUACAUUGGAUUUGUAACUCACUGUAGUCGUAACCCGAUGCCCCUCCCGGCCCGCAUCGUCGCCGCCGUAGCUGCUCUCCCUCGUCUCUUCCACCAAGGCGAUCAUCGUUCCCUUCCUCUCCUGCUCAAAUCCCACGCCCUUCUCAUCACUCACGGCCUCUUCGACAACGCCUGCAUCUUCUCUUCAAUCAUCUCCGCCUACUCGCACCUCCGCCUUCCCUCACUCGCCCUCCUAGUUUUUCGUCAACACCACUCCCAUCACCUCCCCGAUCUCAUCGUUUACAACUCUCUCCUCUCUGCCUUUUCCCGCAACCACCUUUUCUGCCAAACCCUCUCCUUCUUCCGACGCCUCCGUCUCCGCCUCUCCCCCGACCAUUUCAGCCUCUCAAUCGCCGCCAAGGCCGCCGCCGAGCUCCUCGACUUGCCAACCGGGCGUUUCAUCCACUCCCUCUCCACCCGCCUCGGAUACAACGCCGACACGGUACUUUCAAAUUCUCUCAUGCUGAUGUACUUCCGAUGCGAGUGCCCACGCGAUGCUCGCGUCUUGUUCGAUGAAUUGCCCCUGAAAAGCGUGGCUUCUUGGAAUACUUUGAUCUCCGAGUUGGCUGCCGGUGAUGCUCUAGAAAUAUGUCAACUGGUGAAACAGAUGCAAACGGAGGGCAUCAAACCAGAUUCCUUCACAGUUUCCACUCUCCUUACUACGUGCGGCGCCGAUAAUUGGAGUCAGAAGCGUGGAAAGGAAUUGCAUUGCUUUAUUUUAAGAAAUAGUUUCAAUGGCGAGCUUGAUUUUCACAUAAAUGCUUGCCUAAUAGAUAUGUAUUGUAAGGCUAGGCGAAUGGAUUUGGCGAAGCAUGUCUUCAAUGAGAUGGACUUAAGGAAUGUAGUAGCCUGGACAGCUAUGAUUGCUGCGCAUGUUGAGCACGGACAGAAUGAGGAAGCUAUCAAGCUUUUCCGUGAGAUGGUUCUAAGCAACGGCCUUCUUCCAAACAAGAUCACUCUUGUAAGUGUCCUUCCAGCUGUUGCAUCUCUUGCGAGCUUGCCAAAUGGGAAACAGAUGCAUGGUUUUGCCAUCAGGUUAGGGUUCAAUACAGAGACCUCCUUGAACAAUGCCUUAAUUGACAUGUAUUCGAAAUGUGGAAGCAUUGAUUCUGCAAGAUGCAUUUUUGAUGACGAAUCAUGGAAGAAAGAUGUUAUCUCCAGGAGAUCCAUGAUAUCGUGUUAUGGCAUUCAUGGCAGGGGAGACGAAGCAAUUGCUUUAUUCAGAAAAAUGACUAGUCUUGAUUUCAAAUUUGAUCACAUCACAAGUUUGUCUGUCCUGUCGGCCUGUGCCAAGAGUGGCCUAGCAAUUGAAGGGCUUGAGAUAUAUAAUGCAUUGGUAAAGAACCAUGGAAUUACCCCCACUGUUGAAAUAUGUUCUUGCAUGGUUGACAUGUUAGGUCGAGCCGGCAUGUUGGAUCAUGCUUUGCAUUUCAUACAAUCAAUGCAGUUUACGCCGCCUGCUAGUGUUUGGGGUGCUCUGCUUGCUGCUUCAGUGAUUCACAAUGAUGAGAAACUGCAGCAACUGUCCUAUGAUUUCCUUCUUAAGUCGGAGCCUGAUAAACCUUCCAGCUAUGUGUCUGGCUCAAAUUUAUAUGCUUUGUCUCAGAAAUGGGAUAUUGUGGAUCAGUUUAGAGCGAGGAUGAAAGAACAAGGUCUGAAGAAAACUAGCGGUUCUAGUUGGAUUACUUCAUAAUGACGGAAAUAGGAGAUGGUGGAUUAAUGUCCAUAUGCUAUAUUUUUUGUAACGUCUCCAGGUAACUCUUGUUGGAACUUCCCAUGUUAAAGAACAAGCUUCGGAGUGUCAAAAAUGACCCUAUGAUCCGAUCCGAGUCUAUACAAAAAAAAAAAAAUCAAGUUUGGGUCGG